CUUACUAUUGUAGGUGUCAUCCAAGAUAUGUACAUACGAGAUCAUAUCUUUUCUGGUCCAAAUCUUACGACACAAAUGACAUUGGUCGGCAGCAUAUCUCAAGGAAUUGUAAACUUUGGCGUUCUUAUCAGCAGCCUACUAUUAGACCGCUUAGGGGGCACUAGGAAUUUGUGUAUACUCGGAUCGUGCUUCAUUUUUGGUGGAUUUAUGCUGACAUCAAUAUCGACUUCGAUAUGGCAAAUAUAUCUGUCAUUGAGCAUUGGUGCAAGUUUUGGCGCAGCGCUUCUAUUUGGGGUUACCACCCUUUGUAUUCCACAUUGGUUUGAAAAGAAACGUGCAACAGCUUUCGGGAUACAAUCGAGUGCCACCCAAUUUUCUAGUCUAGUACUUCCUUUCAUUGUCACGCGUGUGUAUGACACUCUCGGUCAUCAAUGGGUAUUCCGCGUUCUCGCUUUCAUAUCUGUAGCUAUCAACGCCAUAGCUAUCGCCUUUAUGAAAGAUCAACCUACCAGAAUGGAGAACAGUAGCGGAGAGCAAAUAUCCGGCAGCAACAAGAACAAGACAAUGAGUUUUGAUCUGAGUAUCUUUAAGAUUACUGACAUGCUAAUUUGGUUACCAACUUAUCCAAUGUCAAUGAGUUCGCGAUUUAUCGUGCUUAUGUUCUUACCGAACUAUGGAACAUACAUUGGCCUUUCCGGAACUAAAGUAGCUGCAGUUACUGCAAUUGCAUCGGCAAUGAGUCUAUUUGGUCGAAUAUCUCUUGGUAUAAUGGCAGAUCGCUUUGGUUAUUUGAACAUAUACACUCUGAGUAAUGCAAUGACUACGUUGACCAUUCUCACCAUGUGGAUGUUUGCGAAUAAUUUUGCAAGUCUCAUCGGGUUUUCUGUGGUAUAUGGAUUCUUUUGUGCAACUCAAGCUACAGUUCAUCCAGCGGUAACUGCCCGUAUAGUUGGUAUGGAGAGGUAUCCAGCCGCUAUGAGCUUUAGUAUGGUCCUGAGCAUUCUAGUUAUCCCACUUUCGCUUAUUGCCAACAGCUUGUCCGCUGGUAUUGGAACUGCCAAGGAUCCAUUUUUAAUUUACAAGCUUAGUGGUGGAGCACUCAGUGGUCUCUGUACAAUACUAGGGCUGGUCACGAAGUUUCGAUUGGAUCGGAAUUUGUUUGCAAACGUGUAG